UCCCCUCAAAGAGGCUGAUUAUGACGUCAGUUCAGGGCAAGUCGGUGGGCAGCAUCAGGAAGCAGCAGCAAUAGCAGUAGUCACAACCGCCAUGGUGAUUUACAAGGAAUACCGUGUGGUUUUACCCUGUAGUGUUGAAGAGUAUCAAGUGGGUCAGCUGUUUUCUGUGGCUGAAGCGAGUAAAAAUGAGACUGGUGGAGGUGAAGGUAUUCAAGUGGUGAAGAAUGAACCCUAUGAAAAAGAUGGAGCGAAAGGACAAUACACACACAAAAUCUACCAUUUAAAAAGUAAAGUACCAAGUUUUGUCAGUGCACUUGCGCCAGAGGGUUCCCUGGUUUUCCAUGAGAAAGCCUGGAAUGCCUAUCCGUACUGCAAAACCAUUGUGACAAACGAGUAUAUGGAUGACAGUUUCUUUAUAAAAAUUGAGACAUGGCACAAACCGGACCUUGGAACGCAGGAAAAUGUGCAUAAACUGGACCAUGCAACGUGGGAGAAGGUAUCGGUCGUGCCAAUUGAUAUUGCAGAUCGAAGCCAAGUAUCUGAUUCUGACUACAAGCCAGACGAAGAUCCAGCCAAGUUCAAGUCUGUUAAGACGGGCAGAGGACCUCUGGGGCCCACCUGGAAGAGAGAUCUGGUUAAAAGCACAGACUGCCCAAGGAUGUGUGCCUACAAACUUGUCACAGUCAAGUUCAAGUGGUGGGGUCUGCAGUCCAAGGUGGAGAAUUUCAUCCAUGACCAAGAGAAGAGGAUCUUUAAUAACUUUCAUCGCCAACUGUUCUGCUGGAUUGACAAGUGGGUGGAGCUAAAUAUGGAUGACAUCAGGCGAAUGGAGGCGGAGACUCAAAAGGAGUUGGAUGAGCUUCGUAAAAAAGGUGAAGUUCGAGGGACCAGCGCUAGGGAUGAUUGAAUUUCAAAAGAAAAGAAUAAAAACACCCUGAUGAAAGACGGCCACGUGGUUCUUCAGUGCCAUUGUUUUUUUUUUUUUUAUCUUGACUGAUUCAGACUGUAGAGGAGAAACCUUACCUGCGAUUAGGAGAACAGAUUCUUGAAACCCAAUCAUAGAUCUCUCCCUGCUGAGGAAUUGAUUCGUAGAAACCAACAGGAUCCCCCACUGAUAAGACUUUGUUAAUUUUUGAUCUCCUCUGUGGGGCAAACACCAGGUAUCAGCAUUAUGUCACUGUCAGAACCUGCCUUUCUAAUCUUCUGUGUUGAUUUGGAGAGGAACACGUGUUUGAGCUAAUAGAUAUUUUAAGGCUAAUUAAUUGGUUUAAUUCCACAUUGUCAUAGGACCAAAUAUUCUUUUUGUGUUAUUUUGAUAUUAAUGUUUGUGGUUAAUUUUCAUUUCUGCUAUGCAUCUGUAACCCUCCAAAGCAUUUCUGGUAAGACAAUGCCCUGCAUUACCUCUCCUUGACUUUUGUUAUUUCAUUAUACACACUGUGGUUAAGGUGUUUUGCGUUCUCUGGCAUGGUACCGCCUGCAUGUCUUACUCAUGUACUUUCCUGCCACAGCCUCCAUUAAAACAUUACUAACACCCUUGGAACCCUGGCCCUUUGCAAAUCCCCUUCAUCAACCUCUUCUGUAGCCAAAGCACUGCAGCUUAAUAGCACUGACAAUCAUGUCCGUACAGGUAUUUGCUCUCUUUCUCUCACUCAGAUUUAGCAAAAACUUGCACAUACUCAUGUGUAAGACAUGCAUGCAUUGCACACAACAAGGAUAAACCUGAGAUAUUUCUUCCACAGUCACAGGUGUGAAUACCUUUGUGAUGACUUAGCUCUUAAAGCUGGAGCUGGACAGAUCCACACAGGCUCCUUCAGCUAAAAGGAUGUCACUGUUUGAAGUGUUUACAGCGCCUUUUCUCCUCUUUCCACAAACACUCCGCAUUUGGAAGAUGUUUAGUGUUAAACUCCCUGUCGGAGCUCCCCUCCCCUGCACCGCAGAACAGCCACAUAUGGUGCUACACCCCCUCCGUCACAAGCCCACACUGCCUUGUCCCAACUCAACUAACUCAUGCCAACACUCUGUGUAGACCUCAUCUGCUUUGAGGGUCUAACGAGACCUCCCAUGUUUUAUUCUCGUUGUUUACAUACGCAUAAACUGCCUUCAUCAGUGACAACCCCACACCAGCACCGUGAACUGCUAGCCUUAUGUCCAGGCAUUUCUGUCCCUGGUCCUAUCAACACCUCUUAUACCUCUGCUGCUGCUCUAACUACGUCACUUAAUUGUGAUAGUUCCUCUCUGUGAGGACUAAUUGAUAACAGUUAACUGCUUGUUAGGUGGACCAUGUGAGGAGUGGCAAAAUCAAGUAUGGCCGAAACCGGAGGCAGCCCUUUUGUUUACACAGGGGAAACCCCAGAAUUAGACCAGAAUUAGCUGUCCAGCUGGAGCUGUUUUUUCUAACUCCGCAACUACAUUCCGUCUUCUGUCAUACCGUCUACUAUACCGUCCAAGGUAAAGACAGUGCAGAGACAGCAGUGAGGUUUAACCGUGUCAUGUUACUGACAUGUUAAGUUCAUGUCUUGAGCACAGUCACAUUUUCUUGUGCAAUUUUUUGUCACCAUUUCUGUGGAAUUCCUUUUCUCUCUAAGAAACUGUUGGACCAAAACCAUUUCUUUUGCUGUAUUCUUGUCAGUUGUCUUAUUGACACCCCCCUAUUUGAAUUGCUCCUUUUAUUUCUUUGUUUUUUUUUUCUGAAACAUUAUGACAGAAACAUCUGUUAAAACAGGGAGAAUGUUGCUUUAAUAUUUUGUUGGCCAAUCAGAAAGCCAAGAUGGAUUGUCACUACCUACUGAUGCCUUUGUGAAAUCAUUUGAUCAAGCUCAUUUUCACUGGCCCUAAAUAUAGUCUAACCUUUUGGCCCUUAGGCUGCAUGUGAUGUCCACUUUUGGCUGUGAUGUGACCCGCAUUUUGAACGGACUUCAAAUUUAGUAUGUGUCAAGUCAUUGGUUAUUGAAAUUCAGUAGCAAAUAAGCAAGAAGUUUUUCUUACAUGUUCCAUAAACUACCACAAUGUUUUUAUAGUCAGUGUUUUGCUCAAAUGAACAGUGAAAUACAUCCUUUAACAACUACUUGGAGUAAAAUAUAUCCCAACUCAUUAAAGUGGUUGUUGAUCUACAGGACUUAAUGUUGAGUUAAUCAGGCUCAGUCAAAUACCACUGUAUGUUCAAAGGUGUAUUUUUUGUCCAUCAGAAUGUUUCGUUUGUGUUUACAUCUUUGAGUGAGAAGUUGUACACUGUGGUCAUAAAAAGCCACUGUCAGUUCUCUGCCUCAUUAUCACUGACUCUUGACUUUUAACAUCUUGUCUACAGUGUUCUGCAUCAAUUAGUUUUAUAAACUUAACUGAAAAGUCCAAAUGGUUUUUUUACUAAUGUGUGGUCAUGACAUUAUGGUAACUUUUUCAUGCGUUAAAAAUCAUUUUUUAAUGAUUUAAACAUUCAAAUAGUUUGCUGUCUGGAUUUUGUUUUCCUAAAAAUACUGUCAAUGAGUUGUUGUUGUUUUUUUUGUUUUUUUUUUAAAUGUCAUCUAUUCUGGUCAUCAGUAACUGUAGACUGUCUGAUUUUCCGUGUUAUCACUCUUCUCAGGUGCUAAAUGUAUUUGUAAACUAUUGACUCCUUUUGUCAUUUCAGUCUGUCUGUCUGUGGGUGAACACCGGUAAGGUUUAGUUCAUCAUGAAAACAUUCCAGUCUAUUACAUUUCUGUGUGUUCAUCUCUGUCCUGAUGAUCACGGUUAUCUGGUUUAAGAGAACUUGUCAGAAUGAAUGAGAGAAUGCAGUACAUUUCAGGAGGUUGUUUCAGUUGUGCUCCCUAUUUAUAAAUAUCUAUAGAGUCUGAUCAGCUUUUGAAUAUCUGGAGAUUCGGUAGUGAAUGUAUGGUAUUUCGUGCCUUUUUUCUGUAGAUCUUUGUGUGCCAUUAAAUCUUACAUCUAAUAAAAUGUAUUGAAUUCA